GUGUUGGGCCAAGAAAAAGUUUCAUGGCUCUAUUUGAUGAUUGAUUGGGGGAGAGAAGAAAAAGAAAAAAAAAAGAUUUAAUAAUAAUAAAUAACAAUAAUAUGGGGGCGAGUGACUACUUGUAUUAGUAACAGUAAAGUAGUAGCAAAAUAGCAGCAAAAGAGGUGAGCCAUUUCCAUUACUGGAAAACUGUUGAAGAACCCUAAAAGGUUCAGCUUUGAUCUCAUUCAACCUUUACCACAAAAUACACACAGAAAACAAUAGUAAGCAGAUAUGCUACACAGGAACCUCCAUCUACAAAUCUCGCUUUUCUGUUGAAGAAACUCACUGUUUCCCUAAGUGUUUUUCAGCUUUCAAGAAGCUUACUUUUUGACUCGAAUCGAUCAAGCUUAGUGAAAGAGAUCUGGGUUUUGUUUAGGGUUUCUGUUUCAAGAUUACAAGAAGCUCGCAAGAUUAAGGGUUUUUUUUUUCUUUGGGUGAGAUCUGGAGUGGUUCUUGAAGCUGAAUGAGCUUUUUGUUUGUGAUUAUCGGCUAAUUUUGGUGGUGGGUUUGUUACAAAGAAACAAGAAAAAGACGAUUUUUCAUAGAUGAAGUUGUUUUUGGUUGAUUCGUGGAGUUAUUUGGGGUUUUGGGUUAGGAAGAUCAAGAUCGAAUGAAGUGGAAAUCGUUUUUGUUUUGUAGUACGACCGGUUUCGGUUGAAAAUCUCAGUGGAAUAGUGGGGUUUAUAUGUAUGGAUUGUUGAAAAAAGAAGCAAGAAUCAGGAAAAAAAAAGUGGUCCCUUUUCUGGUUAACUGUUGAGAUUCUUGAUUGUUUAUAGUAGUUUUGUUGUUUGAAGCUCUGAAAAUGAAGCUUUCUGCUGUUGGUUUUGGUCAGCAAUUGCCUGAAGGGGAGAAAAGAUGUUUAAAUUCUGAACUUUGGCAUGCUUGUGCGGGCCCUCUUGUUUCCCUGCCUACGGUUGGAAGUCGUGUGGUCUACUUCCCACAGGGUCACAGCGAACAGGUUGCUGCAUCAACAAACAAAGAAGUAGAUGCUCAUACUCCCAACUACCCGAGCUUGCCUCCACAGCUUGUUUGUCAACUUCACAAUGUGACUAUGCAUGCAGAUGUGGAGACCGAUGAGGUUUACGCUCAGAUGACACUGCAACCAUUGAACUCCGAUGAACAAAAAGAAGCAUUUCUUCCUGCGGAUUUGGGUGCCCCUAGCAAACAACCGACAAAUUACUUUUGUAAAACUUUGACAGCAAGUGACACAAGCACUCAUGGUGGAUUUUCCGUUCCUCGUCGUGCAGCUGAGAAAGUGUUUCCUCCAUUGGACUUUUCACAACAACCUCCUGCUCAAGAAUUAAUCGCGAGGGAUUUACACGACAAUGAAUGGAAAUUUAGACAUAUAUUCCGUGGACAGCCGAAAAGGCAUCUUCUCACAACAGGUUGGAGUGUUUUUGUAAGUGCUAAAAGACUUGUUGCAGGUGAUUCAGUCUUAUUCAUAUGGAAUGAGAAAAACCAGUUGCUGUUAGGAAUCCGGCGAGCCAAUCGACCUCAAACUGUCAUGCCAUCUUCCGUUCUAUCCAGUGACAGCAUGCACCUCGGCCUCCUUGCUGCCGCCGCCCAUGCGGCCGCAACUAAUAGCCGCUUCACCAUUUUCUAUAAUCCGAGGGCAAGUCCAUCGGAAUUUGUGAUUCCGCUCGCUAAAUAUGUUAAAGCGGUUUAUCAUACGCGCGUUUCUGUUGGCAUGCGGUUUCGGAUGUUGUUUGAAACAGAAGAAUCAAGCGUUCGCAGGUAUAUGGGAACUAUAACGGGUAUCUGUGAUUUGGAUCCAAAUCGAUGGUUGAACUCGCACUGGAGAUCCGUUAAGGUCGGUUGGGAUGAAUCUACAGCUGGAGAGAGACAACCGAGAGUUUCCCUUUGGGAAAUUGAACCCCUCACAACUUUCCCAAUGUACCCCUCCCAGUUUCCGCUUCGACUAAAACGCCCUUGGCCACCCGGACUACCCGCUUAUAAUGGGAUGAAAGAAGAAGAUUUAGGAAUGAACUCACCGAUAAUGUGGCUUCGUGGUGGUGGUGGCGGUGGUGGUGGCGGUGAUCUUGGUCAAUCUCUCAACUUUCAAGGACUCGGGGGUUCGCCGUGGUUGCAGCCACGGUUUGAUGGCGGCGGUGGUGGUGGCAUUGGCAUGCUCGGUAUGCAAACCACCACGGAUAUCUACCAAGCCAUGGCGGCGGCCGCCCUCCAAGAAAUGAGGAGUAUUGAUUCGGUCAAACAGUCAAACCCAUCACUUCUACAAUUCCAACACCAACCGAUUCCAACCGGGUCAAUGAGUCAACCCGCUUUCAUUCCUGAAAACCAACACGUGUCACUUCUCCCCCAACUUCAACCCCAAAACCCAUUCACAAUGGGUCAAUUCGGGUCAACUUCUCAGUCAAACUUCUCGGAUUCAAACGGAAACCUUUUAGGCCCGUUUUCACACGAUGAAACUUCACAACUUCUUAACAUCCCUCGCUCUGCUUCCUUGUUGACUUCCACGGGUUGGCCCGCGAAACGGGUCGCGGUUGACCCGUUACUUGUAUCUGGAGCUUCACAAUCUCUUCUUCACCAAGUCGAGCAACUCGGCCCACCAAAUACGGGUCUCGCCCAAAACACAAACCUUUCACAAACCGCGGUUUCUUUACCUCCGUUUCCGGGUCGAGAGUGCUCCAUCGAUCAAGAACCGAAUAAUAACGACCCGCAAAGUCAUAAUAAUAUCUUGUUUGGAGUCAACAUCGAUAACUCAAAUCUUUUAGGGUUAUCGAAUCCGUUUGCUUCUUCCAAUGAUUUUUCCAUGAAUCCGAUGUUGACACCUUCGAGUUGUAUCGACGGGUCGGGUUUUAUACAGUCUCAAGAAAACACGGGUCAAACAAAUCCACCCACCCGAACCUUCGUUAAGGUUUAUAAAUCGGGGUGUUUUGGGAGGUCACUCGAUAUAGCAAAAUUUAGUAGUUACCAUGAGCUACGAAGUGAACUCGCACAAAUGUUUGGCCUUGAAGGCCAAUUGGAGGACCCUUUGAGAUCAGGCUGGCAGCUUGUAUUUGUUGACCGAGAGAAUGACGUUCUUCUCCUCGGUGACGACCCUUGGCCGGAGUUUGUGAGCAGUGUAUGGUGUAUCAAGAUACUAUCGCCGCAAGAGGUGCAACAAAUGGGGAAACAAGGUCUCGAGCUUCUUAACUCGGUUCCGAUACGGACUCCAUCACGACAAGAGUCUAUGAAUCUGAGCACUGGCGUUGCAUCAGUCAGUUCGCUAGAAUACUAGCGAGCUGAUGCAACGCCAAGUGAUGUUGGAUGUUGGAUUCAUAGUUUGUGUAACUUUAGUGGCAAUUCUCGUCAUGACACACGAGGGAAUUGUUUGAUUUUAAGGUUUAGGUACUUAUGAAAACCGAAAUUGUAAUUAAUAUGAUCGAUCUAUCGAUGUGUUUGGACAACAUGCAAGACUUUGUAUUAUGUUUCAAUUAGGAAGUUACGGGUUUGAGUCUUA